AUGGAUGUCGAGUAUAUUCAUGAAGAAAUGGAUGCAGAGCAUAUUUAUUUACCACCAUUCCCUGAUUAUGAAAAAGAAAUGGUAGCAUGGGAAGAGGAAGAAAAUGUAUUACUUUAUUUAUAUGCCUCCAACAACAUCAUCAUAGCUCAAUAUCUUGAAGAAAAUGAUCAAUUGGUACGUAAAGGUUCAGUUCAUGGACAUAUAGUGAGAGAUCGUAAAAGGGAAGAAGGUCAUGCUCAAUUAUGGAAUGACUACUUCUCAGAGAACCCCACCUAUGAGGAAAAUUUAUUUCGCAGGAGAUUUCGAAUGCGUAGAAGUUUAUAUUUACAAAUUGUUGAUGCUGUGAAAGCUCACGAUGAUUUCUUUGUGCAGAAGAAGGAUGGUCUUGGUAGACUUGGAUUGUCUACUUUAAAAAAAGUAACAAGUGCAUUUCGAAUGUUGGCAUAUGGAACAGCGGCCGAUUCUGCGGAUGAAUAUAUACGAAUUGGUGAGUCUACUGCCAUUCUAUGUAUUGAAAAGUUUUGUCGGGAAUUGUUGAGAUAUUUGGGAAAAAAAUACCUUAGAUCACCUAAUUCCAAUGACAUUGCAAGUUUGUUAAAAAAAGGUGAAGAACGGGGCUUCCCAGGGUUGCUUAGGAGCCUUGAUUGUAUGCAUUGGUCUUGGAAAAAUUGCCCAAUAGCUUGGGUAGGACAAUACUCUAGAUAUGGUGGAUCCCCAACUAUUAUUCUUGAGGCAAUGGCAUCUCAUGACCAUCUCAUGACCUAUGGAUUUGGCAUGCAUAGUUUGGCUUACUGGGCUCCAACAAUGACAUUAAUGUCUUGA